AUGACAGUCACUCCUAUGGUCAAUCUUGGCAAUGUCGCCCGCGCCGAGUACAAGGCGCUAUUCGAUACUGAAGUCGCCAAAGGGAUCAGAGAGCCCCUUGUUCUUCCUUUCUGUCUUUUUGGUCCUUUCAUUUUACCUAUUGUUUAUUUGGCAUUUCCGCAUCGAAAUCGGCCAUGGCUUUACCACGCACGAUGGCUUGUCGUCGCCUUUGUCGUUGCGUUCGAUGCUUAUAUGAUUGGGUAUAUGUCUAGCUAUAACGUCGCUCCAGCAUAUGCGUCAGGUCUUAUGGGCGGAUGGGGUAUCUUGACGACUCUGAAUCUCUUGGUUUGGACCGAUCCGCAACUCGACUAUGCCAGAGUUGUCAAGAUUCCCAGGGGCAACAAGUCGCAAGCAUCGUCAAAACAGCUGCCCAUCAAUGUUGCCAACGGAUCAAACCAAGAAAGCACAAUUCGACAGCGAAAGCCUUACCACGAAGACAUUACACUUUCAGGGAAAACCCAUGCCAAGAAUGGGAGCUCCAAAGAUGUCGUUUACGUCUGGCAGAAAUUUCCUGAAAACGGAUCGUUCGGUGAACGGCUUAACUGGACACUUGACCUUGCUACAAACUUUAGGGAAAUCGGCUGGAAUUGUUCUAUCUCUUCCGUACCAAGACCAGAUAUCCCAAGCAAUAUUCGUGAUGGGAAUCCUGUAUCCUUCGACAACAUGCUCAUUGUGUCUAAAAGUGGCUACUAUCGUAACUUGACCGAGAGGGAAUUCGUAUGGAGCCGUAUUCGCAGAGUCCUCUUCCUCACUUUUCUUUUGGACUUUUGCUCUGUUGCGAUGGUCAAGGAUCCCUACUGUGCCUAUGGGCCCGAUCAAGAACUUGAGCUCCCCUUGUUCCUCCAGCAGCUUUCUCCUUGGUUGCGCUUCAUCUAUCGCGAGCUCCUUUGUCUUGUUGGUAUCUAUGCUGCCAUCGAUGCCAUUUUUAGCUUGCAUGACCUUGUUCAGUUCUACGUUUUCUCCUACUUUUAUCCCAUGCGAAGAGAGUUAUGGCAGUACACUAACAUCUUCGGUCCUAUCUCGCAGGUGCUUGAUAGAGGUCUUGCUGGUUGGUGGGGGGCAUUCUGGCAUCAAACCUUUCGUCUUCAGUUUCUUGCACCCGCAAAGUUCCUCGUUGAAAAUGGCUAUCUUCAAAGGGGAACACUACGUGCUCAGAUUGUUACCAUGUGUUUGUCCUUCAUACAGUCCGGUUUACUUCACGCCGGUGGAAGUUUAUCGUCUAUACCAACCACAAAACCCUGGAGAAGUCCGCUCUUCUUUGCCCUGCAACCUCCUGGCAUUAUCUUGCAACUUAUUUUGCUGCAGACUUUGGACAAGCAUUUUCCCAACUUCCCUCGAAGACUCCGCCAGGCAUUCAAUAUGAUAUGCACUCUGGGCUGGCUCUGUCUGACCGCGUUUUUCUUUACCGACGAUAUCUCAUCUUCGGGUAUUUGGCUUCUGGAACCUGUGCCGAUUUCCCCCCUGCGCUGGCUUGGUUUCGGUCACCAAGACGAUCACUGGUGGCGAUGGAGGAGAUAUAUGUUCCCAAUCUGGCAUUCGGAUAAGUACUGGUGGAAGAGUGGUAUACAGCUUUGA